UUGUUGUGUCAUUCCAUCCGAACUCGGCCCCAACGAACCACGAUACCUCCUGUCCCCCAUCAACAACCAUCGCACCUCCAUCAUGUCGCAAUUCAUGUACCAGAGCCACCCGUCGCAGAUGCACCAGCACUCGUCGCACAACCACCACGGCGGCCGGUCGCGGAGGGCGCCGCGCAUCAGCGCCUCGCACCAGCGCAUGGGCAAGCAGAUGCAGAUGUACCGCACGCCUAAAGAGGCCUACGUCGAGCCCCCUACCGUCACCGCCUUCCGCCGCGACUUCGAGGCCGCCCGCAGCUUUGACCUGGAAGACGACGAGGUCUUCUGCCCCUUCCACCUGCUGACCGAGGACGACCUGCAAUCAAUCCACUCGUCGGGCUCUGACCGGUCAUCACUGUCAAGCGGCAGCCCGGAGCAGUCUCCUCUCCAGCACCAACUGCAGCCGACCCCCAGCUUCGUUCUGUCAUCCGCGCCAAACCCAUACACGCCCUCCUACCAGCCCCAACAGUCGUCGCAAACCAAACUCCACCAACCAUUAGCCCAGCGCACCCGCAACGCGAUCCCCAUCGUCGACCCCUCUACCCGCACCGUCGCCAGCCCGCCGCCAUCCGUCUCGCCAAACAGGCAGAUGGCGCAGCAGUUCAUGUCGCGGCGCUGGUAAUCGCAGAUAGCCCCGGCGGCUCCCAUUUACAUUCCAUCUAAUCUUCACAUUCUCCGGUGCGCGCUGCGUUGCUAUUAGACAUCUAGUGGCUGUCUCGACAAACAAACAUUUCUGGAUCUCCGCCGUUUACUUCAAGAUACCCUGGAGGAUUCCCGUCCAUAAUCUACCUCGAUUUCUCACCUGUAUAAAUCACCUCGACUCGCCACGAACCCCACGUUUAUGGGAAAUGUUACAACCACUUCGAUACCACUAUUAUUAGGGGCAACGGCGUAC